AUGGGUUUAUUUGGCGCAUUAGCAGGAGUUGCAUCCAGAUUUUUGCCCGCAGUGGGAACAAUAGCCAGAGGUGUAUUUGGAGUUGGAAGGAAGAUUUUGAGUACAUUAGGUAUACUUAAAGAGAAAGCACAACCUAUUAUACAAACUGUACAGAAAGGUUGGGAUGUAGCACGAGAUGCAGCAAAUCUUAUUCCAAAUCCUGAAACAAGAGGAAAAGUUCAAGGAUGGAUGGACAAUGUAGGAAGACAAGCAGGAAACUAUUAUAACAAAGCAAAUGACUACUAUAACCAAGCAGGACACUAUAUGGACCAAG